AUGUCUAGACCAAUUCCCUGUAAAAACUUUCUCACGAGGAGCGCCAGCUCCCGUUUGGGGCCCAGGCUCCGACCUCUGCUACCCUUAAAUCCGCCCAUAUCGGCGCCAAAAGUCCAAAAAGAGAGAAUCAGACCUUACAGCAGUGUAGAGCUCGAGUCGAGGAUCACAUCGGUACCAGAAACGCUACGGCUGAAGCUACCGGCGCCUACAUUGAUGGCCUCUGAGCUUCGAAGCCGGAUUCCGCAGAAAGCCACCAGUCUGGCCCUAAAAGAUCUGCCGCUGAGCAUUUUCGACAUCUUUCUAGAUGCAAUUUACAUGUGUUCGGGCCCAAAUGCGGACAAGGCGUACGAAGUCAUGCUAGAAUCAUGGCAAACGGCUUUUGCAGACGGUGGCGCCGAUCGGGCCACCAAACAGCGGUUCAUGGAAUAUAAAGAUACAGUCAUCCACAUUAUGAUAAACAGAGCAGACUACGAUGCCUAUAAGCGCAUUUUGGUGCCGACAUUGAAGGUGGGCCGGCCCGUAUCUGGUGUAGAGCUAGUGAUGAAGACGUUCAAGUUCCAGCGCGACAAAACAUUGAAUGCUGUGAUCAUCUCCAACCGAGCCAUCGAUUUCUUCAAUUCUCCUCGAACGCCCACGUACGAAAAGCACAAGAUGCUCGCCAUUUGGCUCAGGAAAACGCUCUUGUACUCGGGUGACACCACAGACUUGGGCGACACCCUUUCCAAAUUCUUGGACUUUGCCCAGGCUAUCGGGCCAAUCAAUUUCCGCACCACAGACCCACAUCUGCAUUUAUACUACAAGGCGUUCCGAUUGUUGGCCGCUCCCAAGAAAAAGAACAUGUACUACACUCCUCUCAUGAAAAUGAAGAAGAUCUUUCAAAUUCACACCACAUUUAACGAAUUCAACGAGUUUCUCACCUGCCUCAUGGAAGCCAACGUCUCCGAAGACUCCAAGGCCACGACCAUUGCCUGGCGUAUGAAGUCGGAUCUCUCUCUACAGAACAACUUGGACACCAGGACGUCGAAGGAUUUGACGCUUCUCAUGCAAGCAUACUUGAACCUCCGCGAAUAUCCGAAGAUUCUUUCUGUGCAUCUGCAGUUUCCAAACCUCCAUGACGACAGUCAGAUCGAGAUCUUGCUAAAAAUGUACGCCCAGACAAAAGACUGGAAGGCUCUCCAGGAGCAUUUCGAAGGCAUGUACGGUAUGGGCGACCUCCCUCGCCUGGUACAUUACACCAUUGUGAUGGAAGCGCUCGUCUCCAUGGGCGCUCGUCAAGAGAUCGAGCAGUUGAUGACGCAGCUCCAUCUGCGAAACUUGAAGCCUAACGUGUUCAUGUAUGGGUCUCUCAUCCGUUCGGCGCUCAACGAAAAUGACUCCGAAGCUGUCACCAAGUAUUUUGAGGAGUUCUCGAAGCAAGUCAAGUCGCAAAAGAUCCCCAACGUCCAAGUGGCUAAGUUGCAGCCAUUGAGGUUGGAAGCCAUCGCUAAAACAGCAGAUCGUCAGACGAUGAUCAGUGCAGUGCUGGCGACUCUUGACGAGUCACUUGAUCCCAGCUCUUCUCUUCACAAAGAAGAGGUGAUCCUCACGGCUUUGAAAUAUUCGGCAUCGCUUUACUCCCUCGAACUUUUCGAAAAGUCAUACCAGGCGGCUUGCAAACUCGACCUUUUCACCGACAAUGUGUACUUUGCAAGUAUAACAUUCCUCACCAAAAUGGGACUAUACGAGAGAGCGGAAACCAUGGCUCUAGAGGCACAUCAGAACUCUGACGUUCCGUACCAAAACUCGCGGAUUUUCAGUGCCCAGUUGAAAAACCUCAGGGUCUGGGCAGCCGAAACUCCAGACAAUAUAUUCAAGCACCGUCUCUAUGCGGAAAUAGGCGUUAUCAUGCGGCAAGUCAAUGCGGGCCAAGCUAGCCGAAAUGAUAUCGAGGAAUUGAUGACGGAAUGCGCCAAGUAUGAGCUUUCCACCAGUGAACCUGCAGCCGCUGAGCGGUAUUUGGUCUCCAUUCAAAGACCCAAAGACCUUGUGGAAAGACAUUAUCUCCCAUUGUUUCGCUACUACGACAACAGUCUCAACCACGAUUCAAGCAAGAAGAUCCUUGAGCUUUAUGGGGCUUUGGUGAAGAAAAACACCACCAUCAGCGCACAAUUGUACUUUUACGUGAUCAAGGCGCUUGUUAAACUCGAGGGCAACGAGGCCACUUCGGACAAUGCUAUCGGGCUACUCAAACCAGUCAUGAACAUGUACGGUCUCACCAAAAAGGGCGCCGAGAACAAACUGAUCACAAGCAUGGAACUCACAAAGCAAGCAGCAUCGAUUGUACAGAUCUUGAAGCAUUGUCUCACUAGCUUUGGAGCCAAUGACAAAACAACCUCACAGUUUGUGAACAAAGCGCUCGAGAACCUCCAAUCAAAACUUGGCAAGGAUAUCAACAUCGAAUACCGCCGCGAGCUCUACCACCGUCUCGCUGAAAUCUGUUUUGCCAAUGGGUAUCCAGCCACAGCCGUAGGAAUCCUAGAUGCUGCAAUGUUUGAGUAUCAUGAGAUAUGGCGCCUGAUGCCCCUCACUCAAAAACGUCCUAAGCUUCUAUUGAUUAGGUACAGUGAAGCCAUUGAACUCAAGGUCAAGCUUCUUCGAGCCCUUCGUAUGCCUACAAGUGACUACGAGGCGAUUCUCGAAGACCUUAACAAGAUGCAUGUCCCUAUCCCAAGACCAGUCAUGGACUUGUUAUUUGAGCGUGUCAUAGGUUCCUCUAUGAGCGCCGAAGCCUUCCAAAUCGUGAUGGGUGCCGUUGAAAACUUCUUGGUGCAAGGCAGCAUGGCCGAUAUCCGAUUGUCACGUCUCAUCAGCAAUGUGUACCGCCGGUACAUAUGCUACAUGCUCGAGCGAAACUCAGCACUGGACUUGAACCAGAGAUUCAAGGCUUUCAAUCACCUCUAUGGAGUAGACGCCGAGACCGUGAAGUCGCUUUUGGCACCAGUGUCAGACCAAAGACAGGCGCUUAUACAAGAACUCCUGAAGCUCCCGAAAAGCGUCACUGUUCCCUUUGAGACGCUUGUUUCUCAUCCCUCUCACUUAUUUGUGCCGUUCCGCGCGAGCUGGCAGAUCAACAGUCUCAAUCCAUUGCACGCAACCAAGCUAGUACAGCUUCUUGAGCAUUUCUGCGAGGACAACAAGCCGCUUUCCUAUUCGUUGUACGAACAAUACCCCGAGACGUUUGAGUACCUCCUUCUCUUCCGAGACGAAAAAUACCGGUUGACCGCUUUCCAAGAAGAGGUCUACAAGCUUUCUGGAGGAUACGAGCGUGGGCUGCGGGAACACCGUCAAGAGGUGAUCGACCUCAUGGACGCACACUGCCGAUAG